CUUUCAAAGGAUAAUCAGUCCUAGAAGAGCCGAAAUGUCGUUCGGUGGCUGUGUUCUGGCAAUGCAGGGCAAUGAAUGCGUGGCCAUUGCCACAGACCAUCGCCUGGGAUGCGGCUCUAACCCGGGUCAGAGGAUUGCCGGGGAUUUCAAGAAGGUCUUCAAGGUGGGACCCCGCAUGUUUUUGGGUCUGACCGGAUUCCUCGCCGACGUCAAUACAGUGUGGGAUCGCCUGCAGUACCGACAAAAUCUGUACGAAAUCAAGGAGAGCUGUGAGAUGACGCCCGAGGCAUUUACCACCAUGCUGUCGAAUCUGCUCUACGAGCACCGCUUCGGGCCCUACCACGUGCAGGCCGUGGUGGCAGCACUCGAUCCGCUUGCCCUGCGGCCGUACAUUUGCAGCGUCGAUCUCAUCGGAGCGCCCACCAAAAAGGAUUCCUUUGUGUUCUGCGGCAGCUGCGACAAACAGCUGUGUGGCAUGUGCGAAACACUCUGGACGCCGAACCUAGACCCCGAGCAACUUUUUCUAACGAUGUCGCAGACCCUGACACAUGCCUUCGACAGGAAUAUCACAUGUGGCUGGGGCGCCACAGUCUUUGUGCUGGACAAGGACAAGAUCAUGGAGCGUGUGAUUGAUGUGCGCAAGGAUUAGAUCAGGGGGUGGUGGAGACAUUAAAAAU